UACUCUCUGGGCUCUCUCUCUCUCUCACAGUUGGAGUGUUUGACCAUCGUCCUGAUGGAACAGUAGAUUUCGUUCCAGCUUCCAGAUCACGUAUAUUAUAUAUAUAGAGAGAGAGAGAGGUGCAGACUUGGCGUAUACUAAUCUCUUUAAUUCCCAUCAUCAGAAUUCUUCCUGCCAUUUCCAUUUCUGCCGUUAAAAAACAGUACGAGCAUUGCCUCAAUACUUUCAUGGUUUACAAAUCCCAUCUUUUUCUUCAUUCCUCUUCCCUCACAAUCACUUGUAUGCAUCAUCUAUCCUAUAUUUAAUCCCUCCCUACAUUACCCAGCAUCUCUAUCAUCGUCAUCUUCUUUCUUCUUCUUGUCAGCAGGCAAUGCAGCUUUUCUUUCAAUUCCUUUGAGAAAGUUCUAAUUGCCAUAUUCUUCAUCUGUAUCGUAUUAAUUGUAUCUCCGAAAUGGAUCUCAUUGUGUCCUACACUUCUCUUUACAUCAGUCUCGUAGUUUUGUUUGCAUUUUGCAGAGGUAUAUCGGCGGCUUCAUUUACGAUAAUAAACAGGUGUGAAUACACGGUAUGGCCGGGGAUUCUAUCCAAUGCCGGUAGCGCCGUAUUAGAUAGCACCGGAUUCGAGCUCCAGCAAGGCAGGUCUCGCUCCUUCCAAGCCCCGCCGAAUUGGUCCGGAAGAUUCUGGGGCAGAACCGGUUGUACAUUUGACACCAACACCGGUCAAGGGAGCUGCGUCACUGGCGACUGUGGCUCCAACCAGGUCGAGUGCAACGGUGCAGGAGCGACCCCACCGGCAACUCUCGCGGAGUUCACGAUCGGGUCUGGAGCCGCGCUGGACUUCUACGACGUGAGCCUGGUCGAUGGGUACAACGUGCCCAUGAUCGUCGACACGAGCGGCGGAUCGGGCACGUGCCUUUCAACCGGGUGCGUAACCGACUUGAACCGACAAUGCCCGAACGAGCUGCGGUUCGGGGACGGUGCGGCGUGCAAGAGUGCAUGCGAGGCGUUUGGGAGCCCCGAGUACUGCUGCAGCGGCGCGUAUAGUUCACCGGCUACUUGUAAGCCGUCGAUUUACUCCGAGAUGUUUAAAGCCGCAUGUCCGAGAUCGUAUAGCUACGCUUACGACGAUGCCACGAGUACAUUUACGUGUACAGGAGCAGAUUAUACGAUAACAUUCUGCCCUUCGGGAACAAGUCAAAAAUCCGCAAGAGAUGCAUCUCCAACAACAAGCACAACAAAUAGCUCCGGAACAGAGUCACAGGAUGUGGUGCCAAACGAAGACAACAGUCCCUCAUGGCUUCCAAACUUCUUCUCUGGAGACUCAUCCAAGACUCUUUCUCCUUCUGCUUCAGUGAUUGCUUCCCUGGCUUCGUUCCUCUAUCUCUUUUUGCUGCAUUAGUCUCUCUCUCUAUCUCUCACACAUUCACUCACUGUGAUUGCAAAGCCCAAUUUUUUGCGGCACCUGUGUAGAUAAUUAUCAGAAUUUAAACGUCGAGUCCAAUUGUUCCCUCUUACCUUGCGAUGAAUUUGUGAUUAAGAAGUACUAUUCAUCAUCUUCUGAUAUUGUAUCAAAUGAUUCGCAGAUAAAUUAAAGAUAACAAGUACUUAUUUAAUUAUUUGAUACUGUAUCAAGAGAUAAUGAAAAUAUAGUAUUGAAAAAAAAUGACGAAUAGUAUUGUUGAAGUCUAAAAAUUCUGAAGGGAAGAAGGAUUCCUUCUCGCCCCACUGAAA